ACUCGAACUGACCUCGUCGCCGGCGUUUGGUUCUCUUCGAAUUAAGGACUUAGGAUGAAAUCAAAAAAUAACCAAUCAGGAAAGAAGAAACUCGAGCAUCUAAGGAGUUGUGGACCGGGAAGCAUAUUUUCUGGAGGCAUGAAAUUCCUUAAGUUUCUAACCGGAGACACUACCCAUUGAACCUGCAUGGGAGAAGCACUAAAUUAUAAUUCCUCCAGCAUGUUGGGCAUCUGUAUCAGUUGCUGCUGCUGUUGUUGCUUCCAGCUACAGCAGGCUAGAUCUCUGCAGUACCUUAUCUUGCAUGCAUUAUGCAUGAUCUUCCAAGUCUCUGCAAGGUCGCCAGAACAGCAUCAGACACACUGGUGAAGUAUGCACUAUUCAGGGAGUAUUCCUGGAGUUUCUAGUAGUGCUGAUUAGGAACAUGAAAUCCAUGAACGACAACUGGCUGGGCUUCUCCCUUUCCUCUCCCAUGAACACGGAUGCAUCUUCCAAUCCACACCAUUGCCAAGAUCAUAUAAAUCAUCAUCACCACCAAACUCUACCCUCAUUCGCCACUACGACUGCAGUGCCAUGCAGCAUCUUCCAUUUUCCACAGGCCACCAACUCCGGUAUUUGCUACGGCAUGGAAGGCGCUGAUAAUGAAGCAAUACUUUACCCUCAGUUAUCUGUCAUGCCGUUGAAGUCCGAUGGAUCACUCUGCAUCAUGGAAGCUGUCAGCAGAUCGCAGCAGCAAGUUGUAGGAAUGGUGCAAUCUCCGUCGCCUAUAUUAGAAGACUUCCUUGGCGGUGCACCACACAUGGGAAUCCAUCACCAGUUCGUGAACGACGAUAGCACGGCAGCAAUGGCUUUAAGCUUGGACUACAGCAAAGAAUCUGAUAGCCAAGCCAACAGAAACCAUUCCCUGGGCCUUCUCCAAAGGCAACAUCAAUUGUAUUUCCAACCAUUGCAUGAAGGGUUAUGCCAUGAGAUGUAUGAUGUCGCAAUGGAGGAAGGAUCAACCAAUGGCGAAGGAAUUUCCAGCCUAAAGUCUUGGGUGAAUAGGCACUACAAUGGCGGCAGCAAUGGGUAUUGCGAGGAAACUGCUCUUGGAUCUGACCCUGUCGGAGCAAUUGGGUAUGGGAAUCUGCAGCCCUUGAGCUUGUCCAUGAGUCCUGGGUCCCAGUCCAGCUGUGUCACAGCUCCUCUGCAGAGCUCUGCUGCGACUGAAUGCAUGGCUUUGAAUGCGCCAAAAAAGAGAGGUGCUGGCAAAGCGGCCUACAAGCAGCCUGUUCAUAGAAAAUCUAUUGACACAUUCGGCCAGAGGACCUCUCAGUAUAGAGGUGUUACGAGGCAUCGGUGGACCGGUAGAUAUGAAGCACAUCUUUGGGAUAACAGUUGUAAGCAGGAAGGUCAAACGAGGAAAGGGCGGCAAGUUUAUCUCGGGGGUUAUGAUAUGGAGGAAAAAGCUGCUAGGGCAUAUGAUCUUGCGGCAUUGAAGUAUUGGGGACUAUCAACACAUAUUAACCUUCCAUUGGAGAAUUAUCAAGAAGAGCUUGAAGAAAUGAAGAAUAUGACCAGGCAAGAGUAUGUUGCACACUUAAGAAGGAGAAGCAGUGGGUUUUCUCGAGGGGCUUCAAUGUACCGCGGGGUCACCAGGCAUCACCAGCAUGGACGGUGGCAAGCUCGAAUUGGUAGGGUCGCUGGAAACAAAGAUCUCUACCUUGGGACCUUCAGCACGCAGGAAGAAGCAGCCGAAGCGUACGACAUAGCGGCGAUUAAAUUUCGAGGCGUAAAUGCAGUGCCCAACUUCGACAUAACAAGGUACGAUGUGGAAAAGAUACUGGAGAGCACUACCUUGUUAUCGGCGGAGCAUGCCAGGAGAAAUAAAGCGAUCGAUGCAGAAAGAGAAGAACCUACUAGUUCUGAAGGCAACAACUCGAGAGACGUCUUCGUAGUGAACGACACCAGCACCACCGCUUCAGGUUGGAAGAUGGACUUCCAUUCAGUUCACCCGGCACAGGACUCCAAACCGGUCGUUGAAAAUUUAAGCUCAGCCCGAGCUGUGGAUGAUUUGGAGAAUCUGGGAAGUAGCAACCAACAACACGCAGAGACAGCAGCAAUGGCGACGACCGAAGGGGCUCCUGACAGAACUGGCUUCUCGAUGACGUACAUCACCAAGGUUGAGUGGUUCUACCACUGCUAGUUCUUGGGUUCCAACAAUUCAGCUCAGCUCAGACAAACAAGCAUUUCCUAUGUCUGCUCAGAUGCCAGUUUUUGCUGCCUAAGCAGCUGAUGUUUGAUUUCCUAUUUGUGCAGUUUUUUUUAUUUGUCAGUAGGUCUUUAUUUUUCCAGUAGUGGGGCCAAUUUUGGGGGAGAAAUUUACAGAAAUUGUAGGCCUCUUCGAGCAGAAUUCUACUGUAAGAAAAAAAAACAGUUGGAUCUCUGACAACAAUGUGCAAAGAUUUGACCA